ACCCAAUCUAUAUAUAAGACACACACAAUAGCUGCUCAGGGAACAAACGCGAGAAUCAGCCUGCCUCGUGAUAAUAAUGAAGAUAUCUUCUUCCCUCAAACGAAGCUGGAGCUCGCCGGAUCUACGUCCGAGGAGUCUAAGGCGGACAAUCCCCCAGUUUAGCCGAUCUCCAGGGCUGAUGCUUUUUCCGAAGGACGGUGGGUUUGUGCUGUACGACCCUAAAGAAGGCAAUAUCCAGAGGAACGUGGGAGACUUUUCAGGGUGUCGAUUCCUGGCAAACUCGGGUAACUGGCUCUUGGUGUUAGAUUCUAGAUCCGAUUUGUACAUGGUGGAUGCGUUUAGCGAAAAAAAGAAGAUCCCUCUUCCGUCUCUAGAGUCGAUUGAGUCAGCUGAUUGUAUUGUCAAGCGCGUGGGAGAUAGAGAAUUUAUAAGGGAGGAGUCUGGCGCUAUUUACAAGGAUCUGAGUGCUGAUGUGGUGAGGGGACUUUUGUGGGUUUCCGAGAGUGGAAAAGAGUACGUCGUGUUGUGGCUCUUCGACCUCCCUGGCCACUCUUACAUGAGCUUCUGCAAGAAUGGGGAUACUCAUUACACUGACAUUCCUCUCGUUUUCGAUGACUAUGCCUUUCACAAGUUUGAUGGCUUGUCGGAUAUGGUGCUACGUGGUACCCGCCUCUACGUCUCAACAAGUCGUCGUUUUGUUCGAAUCUUUGAUCUGUCUGGACCGCAAGGUUUCUUCAAGGACAUUACCGGUCAAACACCAUUCCCAAUGCUUUCUCAUCAUGAUUACGCCUACGAUUCUAGCAUUGCGGUUACAACAUCAUCAGGAGAGGUUUUGUUGGUUGAGAGUGAUCCAUCCAGUAGGACCUGGUUCCGCCUCUACAAGAAGGAUCCUGAUGUAGAAGAUCCAGAUCACGCCUGCCACACGGUUACUGAGGUACAUUCUCUUGGUGGUGAGGCUCUGCUUCUUGACUUGGGUUUCACUGUGCCUGCUAACAAGGCCCUUGGUAUCAAACCUGACUCCAUCUAUUUCACCCGUCACUUUCGUCCCUGCCAUUGCUCACCUCGCGACCUUGACAUCUGUGUGUACAAUCUUGCAACCCAGUCCCUCCAUCGCUAUCACAAUCUUAACCAGAUGGAUCUCAUGGAUGCUCGAUGGUUCCUCCCUUCAGCAAAUUAAUUUGCUCUUCUCCUUUUAUUUAUUAUGCUUUUGAAUAAAGGUUUAGGAUGUUGACUUAACGAAACAUAUUAA